AUGGCGCAAACAAAGGAAUCCAAUUCGCCGCCCCUCCACGCCGCGGCGGCGCGGGGCGACCUGGGCCGCCUGCUGGCGCUCCUGGGCGCAGGCGCUGACGUGGACGCGGGCGACCCCCUCGGCCGCUCGGCGCUUCAUUACGCUGCCGCCUUUGGCCACGUGGACGCCAUCAACCUGCUCCUCAACCGCGGCGCGGCCGUCGACGCGGCCGACGACGUCGGGCGCCACGCGCUGCACUCCGCCGUGCACUCCGGCGAGCUCGCCGCCGCGCGCGCUCUGCUUGACCGCGGCGCUCGCGCCGACGCCGCCGCCGGCGCCGGCCGCAUGAUGCCGCUCAACAUCGCGGCGUAUCGCGGCGACCUCCCCAUGAUCCGGCUGCUGCUGGACCGCGGGGCGCUCAAGGACGUGUCGCCGGAGGCGCGCAUCGUGAGCCUGCUGCACGCGGCCGCGCAGGGCCACCCCGGCGCGCUCGACCUGCUGCUCGAGCGCGGCGGCAGCCAGAUGGUCGCCCACGACGGCGGCAGCGCCGUCGCGUUUGCCGUCAAGCAGGGGCAGGCCGGGACGGCGAUGACGUUCGCGCGGCGCGGCGCGGAGAUGCCGCCGGCGACGCAGCUGUUUGAGGUCCAGGACGCGUUCUGCCGGCUGCUGCAGAUGCUGGCCGCAGACGUCAGGGAGGCGAGCAGCACGCGCUUCAACCUGCAGUCGCUGGUGGUGGGCGCGGCGGGCCAGAUGCGGCGCCUGCAGGUCGCGGAGGGCGCGCACGAGCAGCUGCUGCUGCGGCGGGAGGAGGAGCACGCGCGGCGGCUGCAGCAGCUGGAGGAGGCGCACGCGCGGAGGCUGCUGACCAUGGAGGAGGCACACGCGCGCCGGCUCCUUGCCGCCGGCUAUGCGGAGGGGUUCCUCACGGCGCACCGCAUGGCAGACCAGCUGGAGAAUCUGAAGGUCUGGGUGGCCGGCCGCACCAACCACAGCACCGACAUUGUGGCCUGGCUGCUCAAGCAGGACACAUGGGCCUGCCGGCAGUCAGAACUGCUGAGCAGCGGCGGCGCCUCGGGGCGCGGCCGGUUCUGGAGGGGCGUGGCAGACCUGUGCGCGCAGGUGACUGGGCUGCAGGCCGGCUACAACGUGGCUGCUGCACAGGCGGGCGGCGGCGCGGCGGGGCUGCCCCCGAUGACCCGCUCAGAUGUGCUGCUGCUCAACGCCAUCGGUGACCUUUUGGAUAUUAUCCCGGCCAUCAGCCUCACGAAAACCGGCCGCCCCGGCCCGCACCCCACCGAUGCCGUCGCCGACCCCGCCGCCGCGGCCCGCAUGGCGCCGGCGGCGCUGCGUGCCGCGCUCGCGGACCGCGGGCACUGCAGCGUGCUGAUCCGUUUGGCGGGUGAUCUGAGCGACAUAUACAUGGGCCACACCGCCUGGUUCAGCUUCAGCUUCAUGAUCCGCAUCUUCAAGUUCUAUGACCUGGAUGACAGGCGCUCCUCCUUCUCCUCCUACCCGGGCAUGCUGUCGUCCCUGGACGAUUUUUACGUGAUGCCGGACAGCGACCAGCGCCUCGUCAUGCUGCAGACCACAAACGGUGUCAUGGACAAGACCCUGUGGUCGCUGGUGACCGAGCACUCCCUGCUGGCUUGGCAGAGGGUGCGCCUGGCCAACGCACUCGCGCGCUCAGGCGAGGAGUGGGUGGACUUCGUGGGGCGUCACAACAGCGGGACAUACAACAACCAGUACAUGCUGCUGGAUCUGAAACGGUUCAGGCCUGGCAAGGCAAUCGAACCAGGCCUGCUGUGGGUCGUUGAGCAGAUCCCCGGCUACCAGCACUCAGAGGACGUCACACGGCUGCUGGAGCUGGGCUACUUUGCGUCCUUCAACGUGCCGUUUUUCAGGGAGGUGUACGACAAGGCCGGGUUUGGGAAGUUCACGACGGCGAUGGCGGCUCGGGGGCUGGAAUUUGAGGAGGCAGUGGAGGGCGCGAGCUACCAGCUGGCGGCGAGGUCCCAGAUAUUCCGCCGCGACGCCGGCUCGGUGCAGAGCCUGGACGGCCUCAAGGCCAUCCUCAGGUCCAACGGCUUCAAGGCAGGAGACCCUUAUGCAAGGGGCCACCCAGGGAACGCCGUCUGUGCUCGUAACGAUCUGGAUCCUAUCAAGCCCCGUGCCACAGGCUGCACCGAUGGCAAGGUGACUAGCUACCACGCAGCGCUGGAGGGCCGCUCCUGGGCUAUCAACGGGCCUACCUCAGAGCAGGGCCUGCCACCGUUCUCGUGGGGCCGAGGCCUGCCGUUCUCCGGCGAGCCACACCGCGGGCAGCCGGUCAAGUUUGACUUUGACUGGCAGGAGAUGCGGCCGUGA